AAUACACUUUAAGAUAAUAUUAUUCUAUUCAGGAAGUUUAUGAGAAAAUCCACCUGUUUUGGAAGUCUUAAAGAUCUGCGUUGUAGAUGAUGGUUUGUAGAACAGAAGAGGAUGAAUGUAAAUGGUAAGUUAUUUGUUUACCGAGCGUCGAGGUACGGACCAAAAAAUGUUAUGAAAUUAUGCAUGGCAUUGGUAUUCCGAGAAGCGGACUCAGGUAUGGGCAUAGAGGAGGUGUGGAGCGGGUCGGUGGGACAAGGAGAGGGAAAGUGAAACCGCGACCGUGGCUGUAUACGGUCGUCCGGACCAGGUAAGUCGACGACGGUUAGUAACGGUGCGAGAGUCAUACCAAGAGCCAUACCUUACCUUACCUACCUACCUACCAACCGAUACGACGGUGUAAGUGCGGUAAUGCGGUAGUAAUAAUACAAUAAACAACAACAGAAGAAGCAGCAGCAGACCACCGAAUUAAAAAAAAACAAAUAACAAAAGAAGAAGAUGCCUAGGAAGUUAUUGAAGUUCUUAAUCCUGUUCGACAAUACGUCCCUGCUGUACUUCCCGGGCCAGUUCCUGUCUGGCCGCGUACUCAUCGAACUGCAGGAUGACACACCCGCACUCGGUCUACAUUUCCAUGUGGUUGGCGAAGGGGUUGUUCGUGUUCGCACCCCACGGCAGGAGCGAGUCUACGACCGGGAGAACUAUAUAGAUUUCAGGAUGCGGCUACUAGGAGAACCUGGUCAGGGUCCUUCGGUGUUGUCACCUGGAAUUCACAGUUUUCCGUUCAAGCUUGGACUGCCUUUGGGAUUACCGUCGACGUUCCUGGGAAAACAUGGAUGGGUGCAAUACUAUUGUAAAACAGCUCUGAGAGAGCCUAAUGGUUUGACUCAUAAGAAUCAGCAAGUGUUCAUAGUAAUGAAUCCGAUCGAUUUGAAUUUGGAGCCAUCGAUACUGGCGAAUGUUUCCGAUCAGCAAGCGUUCAGGUGCGAGGUGGAGCACAAGUUUGGGGUGGCCUGCGUCGGAUCGGGACCUGUCGUCUGUAAAGUGACGCUGGAUAGGGGUGGUUACGUGCCGGGGGAAAGUAUAGGGGUGUCAGCUAGUGUGCAUAAUCGUAGCAGAGUGACGGUGAAGAGCACCAGGGCCGCCCUUACGGAGACAAUCACCUACAUGGCUAAGGGCAAGGUAGUGCAGUCGGAGAGGCGCGAGCUCGCAUCCCUCACCCGAGGUAAGAUCAGGCCCGGCGAAAGGGACGAAUGGACCAACGAGCAACUAUACGUGCCCCCGCUGCCCCCAACGAAUUUAAGAGGUUGUCAUCUUAUUAAAAUCCAGUAUGAUGUAUACUUCAUAAUAGAACCGAAGAGCUUCGAGAAGGAGGUCAAACUGCAGUUACCCAUCAUGAUGGCAACCUAUCCCUUGCGGUCUUCCGACGACGACACCCCUGCCUACAAGGCGGGCACCCACUACCCAUCCACCCUUCCCAUAUUCCGACCCUGGCUUGACGACAAGCCAGCCAUAGACUGAGAACCACGUGCCAUAUCUAUUUUCAUCCGACGCAGAAACACCACGAGCGUACCACAUCUUAAACAUCCUUCUUCUUUAUACUACAACUAUAGUAGUAUAUCGACGGUUCUUAUUUACAACCAAGCGUAGCAUAGCUUUCAACAAUGUUCCUUCAAUUGUCGCUUUGUUUCACACAUUCAGUUUCAUACUAGUAUUGCAUUGUCAUAGGUAUUGUACAAAUCUGCACUUAUUAAUUUACACAAGACAAUGUUCAAUACUAGAACCCAGUUAUAAUAUAAACGAAAAUAAUUAACUAAUGUAACAAAUCACAACCAUUAUCACAUUUCCAUAAUGAAUAGAAGUCGUGAUACCCCUAGACUUCUAUUCAUUAUGGAAAUAUGACCUUGAAAUAACUUUUUUUUUAAUAACCAGAACUAAGACAAAGUAUGAGAUGUUAAAUGAAAUACAGUAGAUUCUGCAUAAUUGGGACACAUCGAGACUAGUAUAUUUGUCCCGACUAAGCGGCUGGUCCAAUUAUCCGAAUAUAUUAUAUUAGUUCUUCAAACUAAGUUAAUUAUUAUGUAACAAUCACAUAUUUUA